AGAGGCACACAACACCCUUUUCUAGUUUUUCCUCAACUUUUCGCUAGCUAGCUUAGCUUCUCAUUCAAAAAAAUCCAAACCCAACAAAGAAAAAUAGAGAAAGAACCCAAAAAGCAAAUCAUUUGGUGUUAACCAUGGGUAGCUAGGAUCCCUGUAAAGCAAGAAAACAAAAUCUCACUCUGGCAGAAGAUCUCUCUGUUUUUUUCAGAGGUCUUGAUUUGGGUUUUAUUCAAGUCAAGAUUUAGUUUAGUUUAGUUUAGUUUGUGAACUUCUGUUUGAGUGAACUGAGAAAGUUUUGCUUUGAUGGGGAUUUGCUGGAGUAACAAGAUCAAGUCUGUAAGUCCUUCUAAUACAGGAUACAAUUCUAGAAGUGCGAGUAGGGAUGGUUCAAGUGGCAAGGCCUCAUCGAGCUCCAUGCCUACAACUCCUCGGAGUGAAGGGGAGAUUUUGCAAUCCUGCAAUUUGAACAGCAUCAGCUUCACUGAGCUCAAAAAUGCUACAAGAAACUUCCGUCCCGAUAGUGUACUAGGAGAAGGCGGUUUUGGUUCCGUUUUCAAAGGUUGGAUUGACGAGAGUACGCUUAUAGCUACCAAAGCUGGGUCUGGCAUGGUAAUUGCUGUGAAGAGACUCACCCCAGAUGGUUUCCAGGGCCAUAAGGAAUGGUUGACAGAAAUCAACUAUCUUGGACAGCUACAGCAUCCUAAUCUUGUGAAAUUGAUUGGUUAUUGCUUAGAAGAUGAGCACCGGCUCCUGGUGUAUGAGUUCAUGCCUAAGGGCAGCAUGGAAAAUCAUCUAUUCAGGAGAAGUACUCACUUUCAGCCUCUUUCUUGGACCCUGCGAAUGAAAAUUGCCCUUGGUUCUGCAAAGGGACUUGCCUUUCUGCACAAUGCUGAACAACAAGUCAUACAUCGUGAUUUCAAGUCUGGCAAUAUUUUGCUUGACUCGAACUACAAUGCGAAACUGGCUGAUUUUGGGCUGGCGAGGGAUGGACCAACUGGCGACAAAAGCCAUGUCUCUACUAGGGUCAUAGGAACCCAAGGAUAUGCUGCUCCUGAGUACCUAGCCACAGGUCAUCUUACUGCCAAGAGUGACAUAUACGGCUUUGGAGUUGUUCUUCUAGAAAUGUUAUCUGGACGACGAGCUAUAGAUAGAAACAGGCCAGCUGGUGAACACAACCUGGUAGAAUGGGCAAAACCAUACCUGACCAACAAAAGGCGAGUUUUACGUGUUAUAGAUCCUCGACUUGAAGGCCAAUACUCACUCAAUCGUGCCCAAAAGGCUGCCAGCCUAGCACUUCAAUGUCUUUCUACUGAUCCUAAGUACAGACCAGACAUGAAUGAAGUGGUAACUACACUGGAGCAGCUUCAGGACACUACAAAGGACAUGCCCAAAGGUGGUCAGAAAGAGCACCAUGCAACUAGUAAUGGACUUCCUAAGAGAAGCAGCGCCAAUGAUGCUCCCAAUAGAGUAACUGUUAAUUAUCCAAGACCUUCUGCAAACCCACUUUUUGCUUGACAGGAGAAGUUUCCAUGCCACGGUUAUUGCUUGAAGUACAGGUUUAGGGAAGGCGUUAUGUCAAGGCAUGAGAGUUUAAAUUGUACAUACCCAAGAUUGUUCCGAGUAGCAAGUAUGCAGUGAUUGUGUAUAGAUGAAUCAUGAAUGUAAUGGAGCCUACCUCACACAUGUUUUCUGGUCACUU